AUGAUGAAUGGAAGAGACCGUCCCCGUGGACCUCCGCAAGGGCCACCGCCAGGACCUCCACUAAACCGUGGCCCUGGGCCACAAUCUGACUCGAACUCCAGCCCAAGCACUAUGACAAGAGGGGCCGCUUUCGAGGAUGAGAAGGCGCGGAUCAUUAAGAGUUGCUAUGCGAAGAAAGAUGACGAUGGAACUUUGUUGGAAUCCUACAUUACCCACGUCCGUAUCACCGAGGAUGCAACGCAUCCAUCAAGUCCUUUCCCUCCAAAUGGACCGCCGGAGAACAAGAAACCGCGUGUCAUUAUCAUUUCGGUACGAAAGUCUGGUCGAGUUCGCGUGCACAAAGCUCGAGAGAAUGCCGAGGGUACUUUCUCCAUCGGCAAAACCUGGAUGCUCGAGGAUUUGUCUGCAAUCCAAUCAUACGCAUCUUUUGUGCCGAAGACGCCUGGGGAACAACAACAAAAGGAAUGGGCUUCGAAUUGUGGGUUCACAGUCACCAUUGGAAAACCAUACUACUGGCAUGCGAGGACUUGUAAGGAGAAGGAAUAUUUCAUUGGCAGCCUGGUCAAGAUCUAUAAGAAAUAUACCAACGGGAACAUGCCAACUCUGAUUGGAUUUGAUGAUUCAGAGCGACAAAUGCUGGCAAGACAUGGACAACCACAAACCAGACCCCCCGGGGCACCAGGCGGUCCGCCGUUAAGAGCAACAGGCCCGGUUCCUCCAGGGUCAGACAGUGCGGUACCGUCCUCGCUUCAGCCCUCCUAUAGAGGUCGUGAGGCAAGCCGAGAUGGGCCUCAAGAAAUUAGGAGAAAGCCUUCUGAUGAUCCUGUUGCUCGCGCUCGAAGCCGCGAGCAGACUUCCCGGCCAUCGACGGGUUCUCGGCCAUCUACCGGAUCUAGCAAGCCAGCCCCGUCCCCCUUUGAUCUGCAUAAAUCACCUCCUCCCUCGUUCUCUCCCGCGCCACCACAGCAGCCGCCUCCACGCGCUCCUGAGCGCAAUGCAGCAAACGCAAAAGCGUCUACCACUCUACCAGAGUCGAGAGGCAAAGAGCCGCCUCCUGCCAUUUCCACGACACUAGACCCCAGUUACGGUGGCAUUCCGGAAGGACUCCGGCCAGGCUCUUCUCGCAGUCAAGAUCGUAGUCCCGGCACCCCAACUUUUGCUCCUCAUCCAGGACUCAAUAAGGGAUUAGAAUAUAUGCGCGGCACCGAUGGACUUCGGCCCGCCACGGCGGGCUCGUCCAGUAGUGACACUCGGGAUCCAGCUCUCCGUCCUGUCCCUAGCUAUGGUCCAAAAUCACCACAACGUGAGUCCGGUGAAAGGGCAUUUGCUUUCCAGCAGCCAUCUCUCCCUCAAGAAAAAACUAUGCCAGCGAGUCUAUCAACGGGGGGUCCAACUCAGCCGCGGGAACCAUCUUCUUCGCCCGGUAUUGAGGGGCUGGCUGCAGAGCCUGCUGCUAUGUUCGCUGUAAACAUGCCUGCAGAAGAGCAUGCUGACCUCCCUCUCCCUAAUUCAAAGCCUCCUGUCGAGAGUGCUCCCCCUACUCCACCUACAGAGACUCCACCCAACAUUCCCUCGGUAUCAGCGGAUGAGACGAACCAACUGGAGCCGCAUCGCCCUGGACUCGGACCUAUGGUCAAGAAAAAGGCAGGCAAAGACAUCGCAGGUGCCUGGAAAAAGGCUGCAACUGCUGCUGGUGCUUUCAAGCCUAGGGCAGGUGGUGCUGGUGAGCGACUGCUGGCAGCCGCAAAGAAGACACAAGUCGAUGAGGCCGGACCCGAUGGUAUCACAAGCGUUGUACCGGCGCCCUCCCUUACUAGGUCGGCAACAGAUCCUCCCCAUAGCCCAGUGGCAACAAAGUCAGAUCAAGACCUACAACUUCCUACGCUCGCACCUACAGCUUCGACUGCAGCAGUACCUAUACCUCCUUCGGGUCCGCAGACACCCACCGUUGAAAUCACGGAGCCAGCUGUCGAACCAGCCGUGGUACCUGUCAAAACUCCCGAGGUCUCUCAAGAAAACCUCACCGAUGUUGUCAUCAAGGUCGAAGACCGCUCAAGGACACCCUCCCCAGCGGCCCAAGGACGCCGUCGGAGACACCGUGAAGAUCACACAAUGAAAUACUGUCAAGCUCUCGGCAUUGAUCCCCGUAUUCUCGAUGGACGUGGUAUCGAUUUCGAUGACAUUCUGUCUGACCUGGGCUGGAACGGACGAUUGGCAGAUGAACAGAAGAUCGAGGAUCUUGAAGCAGAUGUGCGCCGCGAAAUUGGCCGUGUUGAAGCCACCAGCUGGCUUGGCAAUCUCGAACAGCAAGAAGGAAAGGUCGAGCAACUUGCGAGCUUGAUUGACCGAACAAUUGAAGAGUGUGAUGAGCUAGACGGUUUAUUGACCCUUUACUCCCAUGAAUUGAACACCCUUCACGAGGAUGUCGCGUAUAUUGAGGCCCAAGGUCAAGGUCUGCAGGUUCAAACCGCCAACCAGAAGCUUCUCCAAAAUGAAUUGCAGAAUCUGUUGAAGACCCUUUCAAUCUCUUCAUCUGAGCUUGGUCCACUGAGGGAGGCUUCUUUGAGCAACCCCGAUGGACUGAAAGAUGCUGAAGGCGCUUUGUCAACAUUGUACAAGGCCAUGCUCAUGAUUGACUCUGACAUUGGACAAAACAAGAGACGUCAGGUCGAUGCCAGUGUCGGCGUCUACGCUGAUACCGAAAUCGGGCAAAUGCGGGCAAUUAAACAGAAGAAGGAAGAAUAUCGCUCAACAGCAAUCAUGUUCCUCAACCGACUGAAGCAGUUCAUGGCCCUUGCUUUCAAGAUGGCGGAGCAAAAGCGCGUGGACUUGGCAGGCAGUGGUGCAAAGGAUUCAAUGAAGCUAGAUACCGCUGCACGAGGACACUUCCGUCAAGAAGUCUGGCGGUACAACGCCAUUAUGCUGUUCGCUAAGGAAGUCAGCAUGACCGAGUGGAACAGUCUUGUUGGGCUGUAUGAACAGCAGUCCAAGCCGUCAUACCAGCUUGACUUCCGGGAUAACAACGCGGCAUGGAAGAAGACCGCCCGCAAACCCACUGGGGAUGAGCAAGAACUCCUCUUCACACACCAAGAGAAAGAGAAAGAAGCCGAGGGUCUCACCAUGGCGGCACGGAAACUUACUGUGCGACGAGGCAAGACGGUACGGGCUGCCGCCGGGCUUCGACUCGCUUCGGGCGGCGAGAAAAAGCAAGGAAAGGUCGAACCAUCCGAGGCAUUCUCCGGUACAUUGCAGGAGACAUUGAAAAUGAUGGCUCAGGAGCAAAAUUUCAUAAUUCAAUUCUUCCACCUCAACUCCCUUGCCAGCGCCGAGUUUCCUGACCUCGUGUCCUCGGCCAUUCCCGAAAACCGCAACUGCCCCGACUUCUCUGCCAAUCAACCGCAUGAUCCCGAUCGCAGUAUGGCAAAAAGAGUGGAGCAGAUCAUGGACGAAGUCUACUCCUUCUGGCCGAAUGACAUGCAAACCAUGGUAGAUUGGGCAAUGUCAGCCGACCCUCUACAAGGAAUUGGCAUUCUUCGCGCUUUGGAGACUUCCAUGGCCGACUUCGAUGACACAAACCAAGAAUUCAUCCUUCAUGCCUUACAGAAGAUCCACUCCCGUCUCAUGGGACUGUUCAAUCGCUUCGUCGAUGAACAAAUUCGCGGCAUUGAAGAUACCAAGGUCAAGGUGAACAAGCGCAAGGGCGUUAUUUCCUUUAUGCGAGUAUUCCCCAACUUCUCCAACGCAGUAGAAAGCAUGCUAUCCUCGCCCUCGGGUACACUCUGUGACAUUCGCAUUAGCGUCAAUGACGCGUACGACCGCAUCAACCGUGCAAUGUGGGAGUCACUCAAAUUUAUCGCCAAGGAAGCACCUGGCCAACCUCCGGGUGUGGCAGCUGGCGCGGGCGAUCCGGAAGACAAGGAGAUCCUCAACUACCAUAUCCUCCUGAUCGAAAACAUGAACCACUACAUCGAGGAAGUGGACGUGCACAACAUCCCCGCUCUGAAACGGUGGUUUGAUCGCGCCCACCAAGAUUUCCAGGAGCACAUGAAGCUGUACCUUGACUCGGUGAUCUACCGGCCCCUGGGCAAGUUGAUUGAUUUCGUGCAAUCGGUGGAAAAUCUUCUCGCGGCUGGUGGUAACCCAUCCGAUAUCGCGGCCCGGGCGAGCCAUUCCCGUAUGGUGGCGAAGAAGGUGCUCUCCUCGUACGACAAUAAGGAGAUUCGGCGCGGUAUCGAAAUGCUCAAGAAACGGGUUGAGAAACAUUUCGGUGAUGCGGAUGAUCCUGGUCUUAGUCGUAGUCUUGUUUUGAAGGUUUUGAAAGAGUGUGAGAAUCGUUACGAACAUACAUAUGACCAGACUCGGCAUAUUAUUGAGACAGUGUAUGAGGGUCAGUUGGAUCUAGACUGGCGCAAGGAAGAAACGCUUAGUAUGUUCCGGAAAUGA